CCCCGCGGAGGCCCCGCCCGCCCCGCGGCCCCGCCCCUCCCGCGGGGCGUGCCGGGAAGACGCGGCUGUUGCGGACGCCGCGGGAGUUGGCGUCAUGGUUGUGCUGGGCUUCACGUCGUUGCUGGGCCACAUCGCGGCCACAGCGUGGAGAGCGGCAAGAUCACCCAUUCUGUGUCAUUCUUUGAGGAAAAUAAGUUCUCAAGGAGAAAAAUCCAAACCCAUCAAACAACCCCUUAAGAAGCCAAAGUUACCAGAAGGUCGUUUUGAUGCACCAGAAGAUUCCAAUUUAGAGAAAGAACCACUGACAAAAUUUCCAGAUGAUGUUAAUCCUGUUACCAAAGAAAGAGGUGGACCCAGGGGCCCAGAACCUACCCGAUAUGGAGAUUGGGAACGAAAAGGACGCUGUAUUGAUUUUUAAGCCACAUAUUCGUUCACUUCAGUAUCUUUUUCUGAUUGUGUACAUCUGAAUUAACUUAUUUUUGAUUAUUUUCUUUCUGUAUAUCCUUUAAGUCAUCUAAUUGCUAUAAUGUGUUUAAAAAUAUAUAUGAUAGCUCUGGAAGAAAAUAUGCUGUUAUAAAUCAGGAAAGAGGAAAUAUUAGCACAUUAAUUUUAAUUUAAAUGUAUUAGGAUAUUUAAGUGAUGAUUAGAGCUGCAAAUUUUUAUUUCAUCAUGUUUCAGUUUAAGUUAAUCAGUUGCUUAUAAGAUACAAAUGUAAGUAAAACAACGUUUUUUUUAAAUGAUUUCAUUGCCAUGUGCUAGGUAAUAGUGACUUUAUAAAUGUGAGUUAAGUAUGCAUUAUAGUUCGGUAAGGCCACAGUAACAGCAGAAAAUCUUUAACUCUGGAGCCAGAUCACUUGGGUUCAGAUCCCAGCUCCACUACUUACUAGCUUAUGUGACCUUGGGUAAGUUAUUUAACUUCUCUGUGCUUCAGUAUCCUUAUGUGUAAAUUGGAGAUAAUCCUAGUUCCACCUCGUAGGACAGUUGAGAAGAUUAAAUGAGUGAAUACAUGUAAACCACCUGGAGCAGUGCACACUAGAAGAGCUGAAAGAAGUUGCCUCUGGAGGCGAGUUGGGUGGACAGGGACUGCGGUUUCUCAUUAGAAGCUUUUUCUCUCUUAAAAUAAAUGAAUAUGUUAGGUACUAUUUUAAGAAUUUAUACAAGUUCAUUGGGGAAAUUUAGGAAACAGUAUAAAGAAGAAAACAAGAAUUGUCUAUAAAACCUCUACACCCGCUUACCCUUUGACGUAUUGUCCUUCAAUAAUCUAAGUAAGUAUACAUGUUUUGUGUAUCUGUUAUCCUAACAAUUUCGUAGUGAAAAUGAUGUUUCACUAUUUGAAUCUUCACUUUCUUAAUCACAAGUGAUGUUAAACACUUUUCUCUAUGUUUAUCAGCCUUUUGUGUCUUCUGUUAAUUGCUUUUUCUUUUGCUCAUUUUCUGUUGGAUGUUGGUCUUUUUUUAUCAAUUUGUAUGAGACUUUUGCUUUUCACAUGUGCUUAUUUAUAUUGAAAUUUUUCUUAUUUUUGUGGCGUCAGGUUUUUUUAUCUCUGUGUAACUUGGUCUCUGUGACCUUAAUGUACUAAUAUCCCUUCACAAGUUCCUUGGUGGUUCCUGUCCAUGAUGAAGUCUUAAGUUCUGUGUCCUUCCUGUUCUGACCCUUUACAUCUGUUCAGGCCCCUCCUUCCCAGUCAAGCCCCAUUACUCACAGCCUCUUAGACGUGUUGGUAGAUAAACAUGCCUUCUGCCUGAAAUGCCCUCUUCUUUACUGUCUGCCUAGAAAACACCUAUCAAGCUAUACCUCACUUCCUUGACUAUCUUUUCUGUGUCAUUUCCACAUUCAACUAUUACAGACAUACUAACUUGUUUUAGAAUUAAUUUUCAAUUCUGCAUCCUCCAUCAGUCCGUGGGCUUCCCUAUCUGUCUUAUAUUCCUGAUUUAUUUCAUUCAGUUUUGUACCCCCAGUUGCAGCAUGGUGCUGAGCAUUUAAUAAACACUCAACAAACGUAGGCUCAGUUUUGAAUCAUCCAGCAGAACUCCACAAUGGCCCCCGAGAUUCCCUCUCCCUGGUGUGCAUGUGAAUAUGAUGAGAUAGUCAUUCCCUUGAUUAAGUUACAUUAUAUGGCAACGAUGAUGGAAUAGUCAUUCUGGGGCUCAAGUUACCUGUGUAAGAAUCCACUGUAGCCAGCUGGAGGAAGGUUCUCCUGCUGGAUUUGAAGAAGUAAGAUGCUCUGUUGUGAAAGUGCCAUGGACUAGCUCCUGAAGGCAGCUUUCAGGAGCUGAAAGCUCCCCUGCUGACAGCCAACAAGAAAACAAGAACCUCGGUCUUCUUGCAGCCACAAGCCUCUGAAGUCUGCAGACCACAUGAAUGGGAUUGGAAGCGGAUUCCGAGCCUCAGAUGAGAUCCCAGCUCCAGCCGACACCUUGAUUUCAGCCUGGUGGGACCCUGAACAGAGGACCCAGCUACCCAGUACCCAGACUCCGGACCCAAGGAAGCUGUGAAUAAUGUUUGUUGCUUUAAGCCACUGGGUUUGCAGUAAUGUCUUGUGCAGCAACAGGAACCUGUUACAGUAUUCGAGCUGCUAUUACUAGGGCAUUGGCCUUGAAUCUCAGGAGCAGUGACUAGGCUGGUUUAAGACCUGCAGUUUGAUGAACUGGAUCCUUGUCUUCAUUAUUUGUACACAAAAUUCCUCUCAGACCUGCUUUGCCAAACCGUUGCCCUGUCUUUCUUAGGAGAAACGAAGCCCUACUACCUUGCAGGCAUUCUUCCCAGUGCCACCUCCCUAGUGAUCAACAACUAAGUUGAGUUCCUGCUCGCAGGUUCCCUCUUGCCGUGUACUGUCUGCACAUGAUACCACUCCUGCUACUUUAUGGCGAGUCUCUUUCCCUGUGGGACCGCAUGUGUGUGAACUACACCUAUUUACUGUGACAUUUUUGUGUGCAGUGUCAAGCCUGCUGGACUGACCUUCCUUCAACACCUGCAGCCUGGUCUCAUUCAGUGCCCAGAAGCUGGGAUUGUUUCCUUCUCACAAUGUCCCCUGUAAUAAGUUUCCUGGCCCGGUAUUCUAGAAUUGGGCCAGCUGGGUCCCUCAGGCGAGAUAAAAUAAUCCUAAAUCAACCUUAAACUGCUGUAAGAAUGCCCCAAAUUCUUUUAGGAAUUUAUUUAUAAAAGAGUAAUGCAUUUUUCUUUAAACCACCCAAAAUACUAAAAGAUUUGGAAUCUUCUGAGGUUUCUAAUGGUUUUUUUUGGGGGGGGGGGUUGUUUUUUCGGUACGCGCGCAGGCCUCUCACUGUUGUGGCCUCUCCCGUUGCGGGGCACAGGCCCCGGACGCGCAGGCUCAGCGGCCAUGGCUCACGGGCCCAGCCGCUCCGUGGCAUGUGGGAUCUUCCCAGACCGGGGCACGAACCCGUGUCCCCUGCAUCGGCAGGCGGACUCUCCACCACUGCGCCACCAGGGAAGCCCGGUUUCUAAUGUUGAUAAGAGACAAGUAGCAAAAAGUUCCCCUUGGGUUGCAGGGGCAUGGGAUUAGAAAAGGUAGGCAGCAGUUAAGGAAGACGAAGUGGGGCAGGUCUAGCCAGGGUGCAGCCCAAGGGGAGACAGGAGGGCUGCGAGGCUUUAACCCAGAAACAAGCUUGGUCACAAAACGUCUGAGACCGGUCCUGAUUUUAGCGUAAUUUUUAUAAGGAUGUAAGCUGAGCCACAGGCAUUGCCCUUAUGUCCUGCACAUGAACCAAGAACUUCAGGCUAUGUAAGGCUGACCCCACGUACUUUUCAGAACCAUUAAAUUCACUUAAACUGCCCACAUUAUUUACAUUUAAUCUUUAUUGAGGAAAUCUAAAGAGAAUUACUAGAAAUGGGGAUCAGCUUCAGCAAGUGCCAAAAUAACAGAACAAAACUCUUUACCACGUUCAGAUACUUUGCAAAAUUUAUACGAGUAAUUAAAAUGUAAAAGGCAAGAAGAGUUUCAGACAAGAAAAACGUUGACAUUUUCAGACGCGCUGCCGAAGCGAAGCUCCUCACCUGGCACCGAGCAGGCUGGCUUGCAUGAUCAGCAGUGAGGGGUGAGCUGUUGAGGACGGCCUGCCAGGCCCCCCGCCCCACCUGCCAGGCCCCUCCGCUGCAGGCCCGCAGGCAGGCCUUGUCUCCACUCGGGUCGGGUCACCGAAAAGAUGCUUCGGCGUGAAAUGUCAUAGCUGUUUCAGUCAUUGAAAUGCGAGAUAGUUCCUGCUUUUCUUCACAGUGGACAUACUAGAUAAAUCUUUCAGGGCACACUCAGAACCAGUUCAACACCUACAUAUCAUGGUUUAAUUUAAGCCCUCUCCUGAAAUUUGCUUUUCCCCGGUCUUUCCCCACUACACUCUCCGAUACUCCUCACAUUCGAGUCACUCCCGAAGGCCCCCACGGUCCUUACUGGUCACAGUUGAAGGUAUUAAGGGGCGAGUUAGCAUGUGUAGCUCAUUAGAAGGUGUUAAUUAUUUUUAAAAAUUUAUUUAUUUUGGGGCUGUGUUGGGUCUUUGUUGCUGCGCGCGGGCUUCUCAUUGUGGUGGCUUCUCUUGUUGCGGAGCACGGGCUCUAGGCACAGGGGCUGCAGUAGUUGUGGCUCGUGGGCUCUAGAGCGCAGGCUUAGUAGCUGUGGUGCAUGGGCUUAGUGGCUCCGCGGCAUGUGGGAUCUUCCCGGACCAGGGCUCGAACCCAUGUUCCUUUCAUUGGCAGGCGGAUUUUUAACCACUGCACCACCAGGGAAGUCUCGGUGUUAUUUACUUUUCAUGCAUUCAUUGCUACUGGGUAUUAAGCAGUCCCCUGUGGAAAGUGACCAGACAUGUCAUCUUUGUUAUUGUUGCUUAAGCUCUUAUUUGGAAGUUUUCAAAAUACACAAAAGUAGAAAGAAUAAUACAGUGUGUCCCCCAUGUACCCAUCGCUCAAGUUUAACAGUUAUUAUAUUUAUCAGCAGCUAUUAAUUUUGUUUCAUUAUCCCCUUACACUUUUUCUCCCCUCUGAGAUAUUUUAUGGCAGGCAACUUCAGACUGAAUGUGUAGUUUUUAUAUAGAGGAGUUAAGCAGGUUUCAGAGGAUUUCAGAGAAUGGGUCCCUGGCUGAGCAGCCAGUCUAGCUGGGGGGUGACACGGGUAUAUCAGCGUGAAGGAGGCAUGAGCCCAGGGCUAGGGUAGCAAAAAAUCGAUGGAUGUUUUUAAAUAUAUCUUUUCUGAGAAAGACACAAUUGAUCUUGACUGCAAACCAAAAAAACGGUCUUGUUCUUUUAAGGUUUUGUUUCACCUACAGUAUAGGAAGAUUGUGCUUACAUUCACUUCAAGAUAUUUAUUUUAGACGUAACAUACUUACAGUUACACUGGGUUUAAACAUCCUAUUGUAAGCACGAUGGUAGCCCAUUGGCUCUCUGUUUUAUAGCCUGCUCUUAAAGACCAUGACAAUGAUUUCGCAAAUUUUAGAAAAUACAUUAAAAAGUUUCAUCAUCGCCUACAUUCAGGAAAAUCAUUAUUAUGGGUUCAGUUCUCUUUGAUUAUAUAGUAUAUUUCCAUCUCUUUUCCUUUGGGAAAGUGGCAGUUAAAGUCUUUGGGGCUGUUGUGUUACUUACGGGAGGCUCUGUUUCCAAAUCCUCAGCACGCGUCGUUCAGGAUAGUCCCCCGUCUGCCUUUGAAUGUGAAUGUAAUCCGGCGAAUGAGUCCCUCUCGCGCGGGCGUGUCCGGCAGAGGGGGUGUGUCCAGCGCCCUGUGUGACUCAGCCCUCGGUGCAGAGGCGUCCUCCCUGCUGUGGCUCACAGCCCGUCCGCGCCUCCGGCGCCCGCCGACGCCUGGGGGUUGCUGAGGGCGCGGCCGGGGAGCGCCGACCUCCUCCUGCACCUCGGCGUCCUUAGCCCUGCGUGGCUCGAGCCGGCCUCUCCCGAGGGCGCGGGUGACUGAGGCUGUGGUCGGGAUGGCCCAGGACGGGGAGCAGCGGCACGCUGACGUCAUCAGUUGCUCAGGAAAAAAUCCACUGGGCUUUGUUCUCAGGUUACUGUUUCCCUUCAUUGUGGUGGCCUCGGCAGUCCAGUAAGGCGAGGCCAGGAUUGUGUUCUUAGGGUCUUUUUCUGCUCUUUGAGGGGGACUCAACCCGACCACCUCUGAAGGAGAGGGGAGGAGCGCGCAGGCUUUGUGUUCAGUUAGUACAUUCCGGUGCCCAGCUCCAAAAUGCGGCCCGGAGGAAACCCCCCGGGGGGAUGCAGGGAGGAUACCGGACGAAAUGCCGAGCCCACCGUCUGGAAAGCUGCGUUUGUUUCCUCGGGCGGCCAUAACAAGCAGCACAGACUGGCUUAAAACAAUCGGAUUUUUUUUUUGACCAGGGGGGAGGGGGAGGGUACGCUGGGAACACAGUAGGAUUUAUGCUCUCCAGUUCUGCGGGCUGGAAGCCUGAAGUCCAGGUGUCAGCAGAGUCACCCUCCCUCUGAGACGCAGGCGCGCACCCUCCCUUGCCUCUUCCCAACUGCUGCUGGCACGCCGGCAGCCUCUGCCUUCGUGGUCACCUAGGGCUCUCCUCGUGUGUCUCUGGUUUCACAAGGCCAUCUUCUUGUAAGGACACCAGUCAUGUUGGAUUAGGGGCCCACCCUCCUCCGGUACGACCUCAUCUGGACAGAUGACACCUUUUUUCCAAAUAAGCGCACAUUCUGAGGUAUCAGGGGUUAGGACGUCACCAUGUCAUUUUAGGGGAAACAUAUUUCACCCGUAAGAAGAGCACAAGGUACCAGUACCGACCUGGUGCGAAGGAGGUGCCAGCGGCCUUGGACUAGGCCCGGCGAGCCGGCGGCACGCGGACUAGCCUCGGUAUCAGCCGGCUGAGGACCGGAGGCUCUGCCCGACUGCCUAGGCUGUGCGCGUCUAGAGACACUCACACAGCUCAGGACACUUGCACAACCCCACUGCACACCUCCCACGGCAGAGGACUGUGCUAGCGUUUCCGGGGGGAGGGGACGUGGAGACGCCGCCCUCGAGCGCCGGGGAGCGGGGGGCGGUCCGGACCCUCGCACUGGACGUGCGCGUUCUCGGCGCUCCCCGGGCCGUCCCCACCUCCCGCCACUUCCUGCCACCGCCUGCUUCUCUCCAGGUGCCUCAUUGUCUCACUCGCUGUCCACGGUUGCUGCUACUCUCCUUUGAUUUUGCCGUUCGAAACUUUUAUGGGUUGUGUACACAUAGACAAAAAAAACAGGGUCACUUCCUGGUCAAAGGUGCCACCUCUUCCUGGUCGGCAGGCUUAGUGAUAAAACAUGUUGCAGUGACAGUUUUUCUUUAAUACAUCCUAUAUAAAAUGUGUAGGAAAGAGCCCGCUCCCCUGCCAGAAGCUAUAAGCAGCAGGGGAGGAGUAGAAAAACACUCCUCAGUCAGCCCCUGGGGGUUGAGAAUAUGGGAGGUUGGAUGUUUUUUCUUCGAGUUACAUAAAAUCACAGAAAUGAGAUAUCACCGCUCUGACUUUUCCUUAGUUGAAAAACUAAUAUCUGUCUGCAGUUUUUUAAAUCGCAUAAAUAGCAACCUCCCACUCAGAGACAAACUGGAAACCUCUGUACACUGUUCUCUAAUCAAAGCAUCUUCACCCCAGUGGCACAGAGGGAAAAAAAAAUCCAAGAAAUAAGGUACAUCGGGCAAACUAUGAAAUCAUAAAAAUAUUAUGUAAAAGCAUUUUGGUUAUAUUUGAUAAUAGAACUAAUUUAGCAAUAAAAUUGCAAAACCACUUGAUUUAUUGAAUACUUUUAAAAAGUUCUCCUUUAAAACAAUGAGAAGGUAUGGCUGUAGGAAAUUGCCCUGCACCUUCCCUUAGUAGAAAUCAUUAAGGCGGUUUUAACCAUCUGAAUGCAGGAUGAUUUUACAAAGAGGAAGUCUAUUGUAUAGUUAUAAAAUUUCACAUAGGUAAAAUUUGUCUUCAGGGCUGUGCGUGUUUGUGAUCCAUUGCCUGAAUUACACCUGCAGCAGCCCAGGGAAAAUGACUGAUUCACCGACUCAUUCCUCUAAAGCUUUAUCAGCCAUAGCCUAUUAAAAUGUAAACGAGGCCGCUGGGAACCAGAGGACAGAUUCUGUUGAACUGGGAGCAGUGCCUUGAGUCUGCUGUCGCAGGUGGACCAGCAAGGCGCAGAUGGCAUCUCUUGGGAAUGGGACUCUGGGUCUGAGGAAGGGUGUGGGUGAAAGUAAGAUGCUUAUCUUGGAAUCACGGCUGUUAGAUCCUGACCACAGGCUGUCGAUCUCGAAAGUGCUCAGAGCUGAUCUCAGGUGCAGCCUUGUCAGCAGAGGUGCAGAGCCUAGUGAGAGCACGGGCUGAGGUCGCCCUGCUGCUCAGAAGCUCCAGGGCCAGGACUGAGGUGUCCUCACCCCCCAGUCAGUGCUCAGAACCUCCUCCCACCCCGACCCCAUUGCCGCUCUUGAAACUAACUUUCAAAUGUCACUAACUUAGAAGAGCAGGUUUCCGGUUUGAAUUUGUUUUAUUGGAGGAGUCUACGGUAGAUCGUUAAUGUAAUAUUUUCGUCCACAUUUAGCCAUUUCAAAGAUUAACAUAUGGCAUAGAUGAAACUGACAGUCAAGCAGAUACCUUCUUAACUUUAGAAAUGAGUUGCUAACCUCCAUUUCAAAAUUCUCAGGAAACCUACUUGCUUUCUUAACUGCUUAGAGGACUUUAAAGGGAGGCCCUCAAGCACAGUGUUCUCUGCCUACCUGCCUGAGUCUGCUGUCCUGGCCUUCAGCAUCUGGGUGACACUGUCAGCACUUCCGCUGCCCUUUGCAGCAGCAGUGGUGGCUGUCAGCCUGAAUUCACCCCCCGCACACCCAUCACCCUCAGAAAGGCUGGGAGCGUGUGUCACUCUAACACCAGGGAGCACAGGCAUCGACAGUCUAGUGGCCUAGUUACAUGUCAUUUCCAUCUAGUUUAUCAGUUACUUCUUGGUUUUAAAAGUAUGGAUACAAACUAAAUUACAUUUUGGUAAUUGUUUUUUAUGAAACCAUCCAUUUUCCUUUAUUUAUUUAACUGUCAUUACUACUAAGCAAAACAAAAACAAAAAACGCAGUACUCGUUACAUUUUGUUAGGUCAAACCAAGUUGUUAACAGGGUGAAGAGUCAGUAUACAGAAUAUUCAGUGAAAAUCACACGAAGCCACUCUAAAAAAUGUCAUUGCUUUUAUGUGGAAUCUAGAAAAAUGGUACAGAUGAACUUAUUUGCAAAGCAGAAACAGAGACACAGAUGUAGAGAACAAACUUACAGAUAGCAAGCGAGGCGGGGGGCGGGGGGUAGGAUGCACUGGGAGAUUGGGACUGACACAUAUACACUACUAUAUAUAAAAUAGACAACUAAUGAGACCCUACUGUACAGCACAGGGAACUCUACUCAGUGCUCUGUGGUGACCUAAAUGGGAAGGAAAUCCAAAAUAGAGGGGACAUAUGGAUACGUAGAGCCGGUCCACUUUGUUAUACAGCAGAAGCUAACACACCAUUGUAAAGCAACCGUACUCCAAUAAAAAUUUUAGAAAAUGUCAUCGCUGCCAAGCCACGUGUGGUUCGCAUUCCUGAGAACAGGUAGCUGGUGAGAGUGGAGGACAAGCCCUCAUUCACCCUGGUGAUUUUGACGGUGACUGAGCAGUUGCAAACCUUUCCACUCCUCCCUUCGGCCUCUGGGCGGCCAUCCCAAGGGAGGAAGGACCGGGACAGGUGAGGGUCGCGGGGUGGCCUGAGACGCUGCGGUGGGGACAGCACGUUCGAGCUUCCCCACGACGGCCGCCCGUCCCGAGGUGGUGACCAUGAGGGUGGACAGACUCUCCGUGGCGCGCGUGCACGGAGGCCCUCGGCCCUCGUGCUCAACGUCCGCGGGAACCUCCACCUCGUCCGCGUCGCAGGUGCCACGCGCUGUCCCGGGCGCAGGCUGGAGGGGGCGGCACGGGUGCCGGCCGGUGGGGAGCUCGCCCUGUGGCCCGGCCCGCGGCUGCCUGCCCUCCUUCCCCAGGGGCACCCCAGCUCUCAUCGGAAGUCAGAACAGGACCCUGCCCGUAAGUGAUACACCCGAGACAGCCAAAGCCCGCAAGGACCGUUAGCAGAUUAAAUCGUUUAUAUUCAUACUGAUGAUGUUCCGGAAGCUCUCUGCCUCAGAGGCGCUUGCAAAGCAGCUGUGACUAAAGGCGAACAGGCGCGACACGUGAGUCCUCCCUCCGGUUCCUGCAGCCAGGAGCCCAGGCUCAUCACAUCCCUGGGAGAUGAGAUUUCUGAUCGAGGUGGACCGUCUGUCUUAAGGAAAUAAGUAACCUGAUGUAGAAGGGUCGUAGAGCUUGGCACCUGGCUCAGAGAGGGUGAGUGUGGGAAGCACAGGAUCUCGGCAGUCUCCCACCCUCCAGCGAGAGGAUAAAGGGACACAACCCACCAAAGCAACCUCCCUCCACUCAGCCGUCCUUCCUCAGGGGUCCAUGUCCGGGUCAGAGGGCUGACCUCUACCAGGCGGGGAAGACUUGUCCACCAGGAAGCUGCUGGCCUGUCCACAUCCCAGGGGGGCUUUCAGACAUUUGGCCUGGGUUCUAGUUUACGGAUUUUUUCCUAUGAUUGCGAAAUAGCCCUUUCCAAAUGAAAGAUUGACAUAUUUAUUUAUCUGCAGAACUGAUACGAAGAACGCCUUGCUGUUUCUGCACAUGGUUUGGAAACUAUGCUUUCACUAGCGUUCGUUAAGAUGUUUUGAAGGAUCUCAAAUUUGAACGGCAAAUUACCAGUCCAAACCAGCACAUUCAUUAACUCCAAGCAGAAUUAAAUCUCAGUUUGUGAGAGUGGUAACAUUAGCUUGAAAACAGGAUACGCUAAAAUUAUAAAAAUCAGAAUAGACUGUCACUUUUACUUGGUUUGUACACAUUUUCUUAAAAUUACGAAAAGGAACCCAUAGGAUAAUUCUCCCUACUAGCAAUAUACAUAUGUAUGCAUAUGUAACGCUCUCAAGCCAGCUUGGAUAGAUUUUAAAACGUUGUAUAUAUUCAUAUAUAUGUGUGCGUAUGUUAUAUGUUAUUUUCCUAAACCUGAGCAGGGAGUUAUUCUUAGAGAAUAGGCUGGGGCAGGGAAAGAACAAGACGAGCCUGGAAAAUCUACUUUUGUCAGAAAGUAAGGCUGUGUCCAAAGACUAAUAAAGAGAAGAACACAGGCGCCAGCUUCGAAACAAAGGUCUCCCGCUGGCCAGAUGGAAACAUUUUGAGGAUAAAUGGUGAUCCGUGUUAUGCUGUGGCAAAAUACACUGUUGCCUCGGAGAACUCGGAAGGCAGAUGCUGUGUCUCUGGACUUGCGACUUUAGGGGAAGGGAUUGGUUAAUAUUUGCCGCAUUUCACAAAUUACCACAAAAUGGAUGGGUUCAGAGAUGACUGGCUGCUUCAUAAGCAGGAAGAAAAGGGAAUAGACAAUCCAGAAAUUCAGAACUUGUAGCAUUGAGAGAGGCAGCUGCUACUCAACUGCAAAUAAUAAAAGAUGAGAAUAAGAGAAGUACUAAGUUUGCAGCAAGGAUUAGACCAAGGAUAUGGCUGUCAAACCCAUGGUUUACAUCUCUAGAUGGAUAAAAUGGCACCCAGUAAUUUCUUUCAUUUGGAAAGAAGGGCUCAAGAGAAACAGACUGAAGAGAGUGGCUCUCUAGAACUCCCCAGUGUUAACAUCGUACCACAGCAAUCUUAUCAUAUUCACUCUCUGCAAUCUCUCUCUUUCCCCAUAAGUGCAUACACACACACGUAUCACUAUUGCACUUUCUGUACCCUUUGAGAGAGUAAAUUGCAGAUACGAUGCCUGUUAUCCCUAAUACUUUAGCAUUAAUCUAUGAAAACCCACAGCUAACAUCAUACUCAUGGUCAAAGGCUGAGUGCUUUCCCCCUAAGAUCAGGAGUAAGACCAGCAUGUCAGCUCUGCCCCUUCUAUUCUGCAUCGCCCCGGAAGUUCUAGACAGGGCAACUAAGCAAGAAAAAGAGAUAAAAGUCAUCCAACUUGGAAAGUAAGACAGUUAUCUCUGUUUGCUGAUGAUAUGAUCAUGUACAUGGAAAAUCUGAAGGAAUCUACUAAAAAACGAUGAGAACUAAUGAACAAGUCCAGCAAGGUUGAAGGCUACAGGAUCAAAAUACAAAAAACAAUUGUAUUUUUAUGUUAGCAAUGAACAAACCAAAAUGACAUCAAGGAAACACUUUUAUUUACAAUAGCAUCAAAGAGAAGAGAGUACUUAUGAAUAAAUUUUCGAAAGGAUGUGAAAACUGCUCUGAGAACUGCAAAACAUUGUUGAUAGAAACUAAGAAAGACGUCAACAAAUGGAAAGACAUCCCCAUUCAUGCACUGGAAGACUUAAUGCUUUCAAUGUGGCAAUACCCCCCAAAUUGAUCUAUAAGUUCAAUACAAACUCUCUUAAAAUAUCAUCGGUCUUUUUUUAAUAAGUUGACAAGCUGAUUGCAAAAUCCCAGUGGAAAUGCAAGAGACCCAGACAAGCCAAAGCAACUAAAAAUAAGACAAAGUCGGAGGAUCCAUGCUUCCUGAUUUCAAAACUUACUAAAAGCUGCAGUAAUCAAGACUGUGGUACUGGCAUAAGGAUAGACAUAUAGAUCAAAGGGAUAGAAUUGAGAGUUCAGAAAUAACCCUCACAUGGUCAACUGAUUUCUGACAAUGAUAGCAAGACAAUUCAGUGGAGAAAGAAUAAUCUUUUCAAGAAAUGGUGCUGGAACAACUGGAUAUCCACACGGGAAAGAAUAAAGUUGUACCUGUUCCUUAUAACGUAUACAAAAAAUUAACUCAAAAUUGAUCACAGACCUAAUGUAAGAGCUAAAACCAUUAAGCUCUUAGAAGAAAGCCUAGGAGUGCAUCUUCAUGACCUUGGGUUAGGCAGUGAAUGGUUUCUUAGAUAUGACACCAAAAGAAAAGCUGGACUUCAUCAAAAUUUAAAACUUUUGUGUUUCAAAGGAAAACAUCGUGAAAGUAAAUGACAUCCCACAGAAUGGGAAAAAAUAUUCGGAAUGCAUAUAUCUGGCAAAGGACUUACGUCCAAAAUAUAUAAAAAACAACUUAACUCAAUAAUAAAAAUACAGGGAGCCCUGGUCCGGGAAGAUCGCACAUGCUGCGGAGCAACUCAGCCCGUGUGCCGCAACUACUGAGCCUGCGCUCUAGAGCCCGUGAGUCACGACUACUGAGCCCACGUGCCACAACUACUGAAACCCGCGUGCCUAGAGCCCGUGCUCCGCAAUGAGAGAAGCCACCACAGUGAGAAGCCCGCGUGCUGCAACGAAGAGUAGCCCCCGCUCGAUGCAACUAGAGAAAGCCCACGUGCAACAAUGAAGACCCGACGCAGCCAAAAAUAAUAAAUAAAUCAAUUAAUUAAUUUUAAAAAACUCACCAUUAAAAAAAUUUACAAUAAUAAUAAAAAUACAAAUAGGCAAAGGAUCUUAAUGCACGUUUCUCCAAAGAACAUAUACAAAUGACCGAUGAGGAUGUGGAGAGAUGCUCAACAUCAUUGACCAUUACGGAAACGCAAAUCAAAACCACAGUGAGACGACACUUCACAUAUACUGUGAUGGCUAUCGUAAAAAGUAGACAAUAGCAAGUGUUGGAGAGGAUGUGGAGAAAUUGCAAACCUCAUACACUGCUGUAGGAACGUAAAAUGGUGGACCUGCUUUGAAAAAAUGUUCCUCAAAAUAAUAAACAGUUUAGCAUAAUUACCGUAUGACCCAGCAACUGAAAUGAAAGCAUGUCACACAAAAACUCUAAAUAAAUAGCCAUAGCAGCGUUCUUCAUAACAUAAUUGUUGUAUUUUAGAUCUCUGCUAAUUAGGCUAGCAAGCGUGGCACUUUGGUGUACUCUUAACUGAUUUCUAAGCAGGUAGAGCAUUUCUGUGUUUAUCACUUUUAUUUGUUUUGUUUUGUUUUCUCCAUGUCUUUUGCCCAGGCUUUCAUUUCAUUUCUGUUGAGGUGUCUUUUUCUUAUUGAUCUGUAUGUGAAGCAGAUCUUACUAAAAAAAUGAGCUGCGUUUGACAUGAUGGGUGGGGAGGUCUGAGAUUCAGGGAUCCACUUCAGUACUUGGCCCAGAGUUAAUGGUGAAAAAUCAUGAACAAAUGAGGAUAUCUGCUCUCACCACUUCUAUUUAACAAUUUAAAUAGUGGGCACAACUGCCCUCCAAAGUGGGAGCAACCCAAAUGUCCGAUUUGAUGAAUGGAUAGAUAUGCUGUGGCAUAUACAGAAAUACUGAUACCUGCUACAGCGUGGAUGAGCCCUGAAAACACUAUCGUACAAGAAAGAAGCCAGUAACAGAAGGUCACGUUGUAGAGUUCCAUUUAUAUGAAAUGUCCAGAAUAAAAUGUACAGAGACAAACAUCAGCGUUGAAGGCUAGAAGGGAGAUUGGGGUGGUGGGGAGGAUGAGGGGUAUGUGCUCUUGGGUCUCUUCUUGGGGCGAUGGAAAGGUUCUAAGUUGAUUCUGAUCAUGGUGGUACAACUCUGUGACUAUACUGAACACCAUUUAAUUGUUUACGUUAACGGGUAAAUUAUAUGGUCGUGAAUUAUAUCUUAAGCUGGGUUUUUUAAA